AGUGUUGCAGGGAGUGUUGCAGGGAGCAGCAGUACUCGUUCAGAAGGUGAGGAUGUAGAUCCAAGGUUAUCGACAUACAUCUAACAAUCAGCUUUGUCGGAUUUUUAACCCCCUGAACAACCCGCAUAUGCGAGCAAAACUGAGAUGAAGCUUGUCUUAGGGAGUCUAAUAGCUUAUCUUUGGUAAAUAGGCCAAUUCCGAUAGAUUAAAAUUUAUACUCGGCUACGAAAUUUCUGUUGUUAUACUCUCCAAGCUUCGGAGCCAAUUUUGAAUUUUAAUUUAUCGAAAAUGGUCCUUUGGAACAAUUUCCCUCAACUGAUGCUGCAUUUAUUAUGUAAAACCACAAGUGGGGAGGGGCUUUGAAGCCCAAAGGGGUAGUGGUAAAAUGUCUGAAGGAAAGAAGGGGGGAUGCCAAUGUUUUUAGAUGCCAUGAAAAGACUAAGUAUUAAUUUUGUGACAUAAUGAUAAAUUUUGUGUCAUGAUGAUAAACCACUACACAAGUGAAGUUCCUUAUGUCGGAUGUUUUUAUUUGCAAUAUGUACUAUUAAGAUUAAACUGCAAUGUACUUUUAAUUGUACAAGCAGAUUUUUGUACUUGACUCUUACAUCUUAAUAUAUAAAAAUAAUAACAAUAAGUAAUGAUAUAAAAGGUGUUUCAUUUAUUGAUUAAUAUGGUCUGUUUUUGCUUUGAAGAUGGCUCUGAGUCAGUUGAAGAGAGCCGCAGUUCAGAUAGUGAAGAUGGGAGUACAGCGGACAGUCAGGUAGAGAGCGAUGAUGAAGGUGAAAGGGAAAGCGAGGAUGGCAGCGGAGAACGUGAUAGGGAAUCAAGUAGAAGUGUGGAAGUUGAGAGGUCCAGAGAAGCAUCUGCAGGUACAUUGUGUUCUUUGUACUGCCAUUAA